AUGGAGGCACUGCCAGGCAUCUCCCGGGAGUCUUCCAAGAUUCUGAAAGGUACCAAUGGGACCAGUGGGUUUCUACCUGGUGGCUACACUUGCCUGCCCCACUCCCAGCCCUGGCAGGCAGCCCUGCUGGUGAGAGGGCGGCUCCUCUGUGGGGGCGUCCUGGUCCACCCAAAGUGGGUCCUCACUGCCGCACACUGCAUGAAAGAUGGGUACACAGUUCACCUAGGCAAGCAUGUCCUGGGGCACGUGGAGACCCGCGAGCAGGUGAGGGAGGUGGCCCGCUCUGUCCCCCACCCCGAAUACCAGGUCAGCCCCACCCACCUGAACCACGACAACGACAUCAUGCUUCUGGAGCUGGAGACCCCGGUCCAGCUGACAGCCCACAUCCGCACCCUGCCCCUUUCCCGCAGUGACUGCCUGCCCCCCGGGACCUGCUGUCGGGUGUCCGGCUGGGGCACCACCACCAGCCCCCAGGUGAGUUACCCCAAAACCCUGCAGUGUGCAAACAUCCCACUCCGCUCAGAUGAGGAGUGCCGCAGGGUCUACCCGGGGAAGAUCACCACCAACAUGCUGUGUGCUGGCUCCAAAGAGGGGGGAAGAGACUCCUGUGAGGGUGACUCCGGGGGCCCACUAGUCUGCAACGGCACACUCCAUGGCAUCAUCUCCUGGGGAGACUUCCCAUGCGGACAACCAAACCGGCCUGGUGUCUACACUCGAGUCUCCAAAUAUGUCUCGUGGAUCCAUGAAACAAUCAAAAAACACAAAACCCAGGGGCUGAGAUGGACAAAGAGUACACAAUAAGAAUUGGGUUAUUUACCCACCUUCCUCCUCCCACCGUGCCCUCCUUGCUUUGCUGAGCCCUUCUCUGCCCUUCCCCAAAGCGUCCUGUGGGGACCAUAAUCCAUGAUCUUAGCAUGUUCAGUCCGAGCAACCCUCCAUGUUGCAAAAGCACUCAACCACCAGCCUGUAGCCUCCUAGAUGUUGCAACCUAAAAGCCCCCCAGUUACCUGAGUGUCCCAACCCAGGCAAUGUCCUAAGUCCCCCAACCACCUGCCAUGGCCACCAAAAACCCAGAUGGACAUCUGCAUGCUCUGUCUUUGGAACAACCUCACUUCCUUCCCUCGGCUGUUGCAAGCAUUUUCUGUCUUUUGGUUUUCGUCUUUUGGUGGCAUUGGGGAGUAGACCCAGUGCCUUGUGCUUGCUAGGCAAAUGCUGUACCAUGGAGCUAGACCUCAGAAACGUUCCAGUUUCAGACCUUCCUUGAUGACAUCCAAAAACACACUGUGUAUUUAUUCUCUGUGAAUAUUCUAGGCCUAGCACUCAUGAAGGUUCUAGGCUCCCAUGAUAUUUCACCAUGCAAAUUUCUUGUGCCCAAAAUCUUCUCCCCAACAACACCCGGGGCACCUUUAAGUGGUUUAUCGCAGCCUACUUUGGGUCUUCAGAAUGGCUCAUUCUGGGCUGGGGAUUUGGCUCAGUGAUGCUGCACCUGCCUCACAACUGCAAGGUCCUGAGUUCAAUCCCCAGUACCGGGGAGGAAAAAAAAAAAAGAAGGGUUCAUUCUCCUGCUGUUCUGAGUCCCACAGAUAUCUCAUUGCUGCCUGCCUCCCACAUUCCCUCUCUUCGAGUCCCCUUCCCUCUAACCACUGAUGGCACUCUGGUCUUGUAGUAACAGGGUGCGGUAUCCCAAAGGGCCUCUGUGUUGAACCAAUAUUCUGUCCCACAUCUGUCACAGUCUUGAAUCUCUCCCAUGUACAUCCUUGUCCAGUGUUUCUUGCUAUUAUAUCUGUGCCAUCACCCUGAACGUAGUGGCUAAAUUCUUAGCUACUGGAAUCUGUGCUGGAUGAAAGUGCUGGCUCUGGACAAGUCAUCAAACUCAGAGCCUCUGCUUUCUCAUCUGUAAAAUGGGCCCACAGUUUUCCCUCAUAGCAUUAUUAUAAGCAUAACCAUAGAGCACUCACUAUCAUCAUUAUUUACCUGGUUCUCCAUAAAAUACUACAUGCGGAUGUGGUUAGCAAACCCUCAGAUUUGCCAGCUGUUCGAGAAAAUUUCAUGCCUUUGUUCUCAGCCAACAUUUGUCCAAGCUGACUGUGCGCGGUGCCUUCCCAGGUGUUUAUUCAAAACACAGUGGUAAUUAGCAUUUGCCAGCUACUGUAGUAGACACAGGUACUAUACAGUGAGUUAAACAGACAAAAAGUCUGUCCUUGUAGAGCUGACAUUCGUUUUGGAGGGAAACCAUGGAAACAAAGAAUAAAGAGACAGGUUGUCAGGUGGUGACACAAGCCGUGACAGGGCCACUCCUCUGGGGUUGGUGUUGGCAGAGUUGCUAUUUUUGCCCUUCCCUCUUUAAUCCUCUUGCAAGGCUGAGGUCCCCUCCCUUUCGUCCAGCAUUAUAAAUUCUAGAGAGGAGCCCCACCCCCAUGACAAAGAUGUUAACUGCUAAAUCUUUCUCAGAUUGACAGGAGCCAGAACACCCAAAGGCCUCUGUUGUGCUGCUCCUUAGUCUUCAGUUCUGUGAAUGCGUCUGUCUGAGAACUCAGGAGACUGAGGACCCUUGCCAAGUUCCAGAAAAGGAAAAGGGAGACACGUGCCACGGAGGACACAGACCCCACUCAGCACAGAGGCUUCGGCCCUGCUCCUCUGUACCUCCCUGCAGAAGACCUUUAUGCUCCUGACCACCCCACCCUUAGGUGGAGCUUUGAUUUAGCUUCUCCGUCAUGUUCA